GAACCUUCAUCCAAAACUAAGUCAAAUAACCCAACUUCAUACACAGCACGCCACAUACACACAUCCCAUAACCAUGGCUGGAUCCUCCAUGGCCACCGCAAGGGUCACCAGGUUUCUGGCCAGCCACCACCUCCACGACCACCGUGACACUUGUGUCCCUGAUGUUGAAUUCGAAUUUCUCCAUGACGGAGAAACGUUGUUGGCUCACAGCGCCUCAAGUGACGACUGUCAGAACCCCAACGAAAUCGAGUUCGACGAAGAUGAGGAUAACCGAGACACCGUCGAACAAAACAGAACCUUCUGGGACAACCAACACCAGAUUUUGCAGGCGAAUGUGUACAGAACAAGUUCUUUGGAAUCAGGGAUAAGAAAUGCGACGAAAGAAGCGCUGCAGAACAUACACAGCGCAGAAACGGUGUGCGGUUGCGGAAGACAGAUACCUCUCACCACUUGCAGAAACUGCUUGAUGAGAGAAGUUUCUGGGCGGCUUCAGAAAGCAGGUUACAACAGUGCUGUCUGCAAAACAAAAUGGAGAAGCUCACCAGAAAUCCCAUCAGGGGAACACAGUUUUUUGGAUGUAAUAGAGAAGACAAAGAGGGGGGAGAUGAGGGUGAUCGUGGAGCUGAAUUUCAGAGGAGAGUUUGAGAUAGCAAGGGGAAGUGAAGAGUAUAACAGACUUGUAGGGAAGCUGCCGGAGGUGUUUGUGGGGAAGGUGGAGAGAUUGAGCAACCUGAUAAAGACAGUGUGUGUGGCAGGGAAAAGGUGUAUGAAGGAAAAGAAAAUGCACAUGGGGCCAUGGAGGAAGCAUAGGUACAUGCAAGCUAAGUGGUUAGGUCCAUGUGACAGGAACACUUCCACAACUUCACUCUCAAUGGGAAAUUCUCAGAGAAUACCAAAGCCAAGGCAAAAGGCAUCUUUGUUGACUGUUGAUCUGCUAGACAAACUUCCUAAUAUGCAUUGCACUGCUGUUGAGGUUGUCUAAUUUGUAAAGAGAGACAACCUUAGUUUCAUUUCUUUCUUUUUUCUUCUUUUUGUUUUCUUUUCUUAUUCAUUCUCCCACCCUUUACUUUGUCGGUAUAAUGAGUGAUCGGUAAAUGUACCAUACCCGUGUACAUCGAAAUAAAUGGUGGAAACGAGUGUGCAUUUCAAAGCUAAUCUUCAAGUUCAUA